AUGGUUAAAUUAAUAACCGAUGAACAAAAGCGAGAAAUAGAUCAAAUAUUAUACCAAGCUAUUCCUCCUGAAAAGAUGGACACUUUACUAGAUUAUCUGGUUCAAAUGGCAGAUGAAUUUAUGAAAAUACAUGAUAUGAAAGUAGAAAACGGGGAAUUAAAACAAAAAUUAACUGACUAUAGUGAACAAAUAGAAAGAUUGAACCAAUUAGUAAGUCAAGGGCAACAAAAUACAAAUUCAGAUAAUGAACAAGUUGUUCAAUUCCAAAGUUAUAUUACACAACUUGAAAAUCAAAUUGCUGAGCUUCAAAAUCAAAUUGUUGAAAAAGAUGCAACCAUUGAUCAUAAUAAUAAUAACAGUUUAUCACAUAUCGAAAAUUUAUCGUCGGAAAAUGAAAGUCUAAAGCAACAACUUGCUGCAACAGAUAUAGAAAUUAAUCAAAAAGAACGAAUUAUUGAUCAAAAAGACCAAACUAUUGCUGCAAAAGAUAAAGAAAUUAAUGAUAUUAAAAUUCAAGAUGGUUCUAUUGACAGAGCUCAAAAUAUUGUAAAUGGUAUUAGUGAUAAACUAGAUCAAACAAUGUCAAUUUUAAUCACAGAUGACGCGGUUACUGAUGAUGAAAAAGAAGUAUUAAAAAUGAAAGCAACAAGUUUAGAAAAUAUUAAUGAAUCAAAUGAUGUUGAAAUAUAUAUCCAGAAUUAUAAUGCAAAGUUAGAUUGGUUAGCCAACUUAGCUCAAGAAGCUUUUCAAGCAAGACGUGCACCAAAUCAAGAUAUCACAAAUUAUGCAACUGUUGAGGAUGAUUUCGAUAAACACAUUCAAAAACUUUCAAUUUUUAACGCAAGUUUACAGCUAAGCUUGGCUUCUCACCAUAUUGUUGAUAUAAAACUUUAUUAUUAUUUUGUACCAGCUCAACAAUGUGAGUUUAUUCAAUUCAAUGAUGUUCUUCCUGAUUUCAUUCAUAUGCAAGUAUUUUAUCUGAAAGGUGGUUUAUAUAAUUUUAUUUUCCACAAUGAGGUACGUGGAAAAAAUGAAAUUAUUGAAUUCAACUGUCUCAUUCAAGAACCAGCUCUUCAAAAGUUUUGUGAUUUCGUCACUAUUUUAUUCGUGGUCGAACCUAAUUUAUUAUCAAAAUUAUCAAUAACCGAAAACUAUCAAAAGCAAAAUAUUGCACAGAAGGGAAUUUUAGCUGAGAUUGAAGUACCUGAAAAAAUUAGAAUCAUGGAUGAUGUUGACAAUUGUGCCUUUUAUAAGCUUAUUGAUGAUGAAUUCAAGCGAUGUGAUUUUAUGGGUCGUUUACUUACUGAUGAUGGAAAAUUUUAUUUAGAUGAAGACGGUAGACCAACAAAUUACAUCGAAUGGCGUGAAGAAAAUCAUGAAUCUAUUAAUCCGAAAACACUUCCCUUGCCAGAACCAGGAUUACCAACACGUGAAGCUGGAAUGGAAUUUCGACAAAACAUGAUUGAUGCAUUUAAUGCCGAAGUUGAUCAGAAUCUACAUACUGAUGAAGACAUUCAAACAUGGAAUGAAAAAAUAGAGACUUCAACAAGGAAUGAAGCAUUUGAAAGUUGGGCAGGAAGACGAUACGAACCAGAAACAAAUAGUAUAAUUUUACCAUCAUAG